GUUAGCGAAUUCAAAAUGGCGAGUCACUGGAUUGUGGUCGUUCUUUGUGUUAGUUUAUGGAAUAUUGAAAGUGUUUUCUCUGCUACAAGUACAAACUUCAAAGAAUUCUUGGACAAUGAACCGUUUAGGAGCUACAAUAGCAAAAUAUUUCCAAAGAUAUACCAAAUUGAACAUUUAGACGUUGACAUUGAGUUUACAUUGGUCGGAGUGACGGACUUUGAUGAGUUGAACGGAAACUUGGCUAUAGUGGGAUUAGCUGUGAUACGGUGGAGGAAUGAACUUCUAACGUGGAACCUAGUAGAUGACAAUCCAAUGGAGAACCUGUUGUUACCGCAGGAAACAUUCUGGAAACCCCCGGUCACUCUCACCAACUCUGUCGACUCCCUAACGGAACUUGGGGACUCAGCAUACAAAAUUCGGAUCGACUAUGAGGGUAAUGCUAUCUGGAAUGUCGGCUUAGUCGCACGAACGUCAUGUGGCGUUGACGUCACACUCUAUCCUUUCGACAAACAGUCAUGCAAUGUCACAUUUGCGGCGCUGGGCUACGUGAAGGAUCAGAUUGUCCUGAAUUCAUCAAACGAAAUUGACAUGUCCCUUUACAUGGAGAAUGUUGAAUGGAGCUUGGAUACGACUUCUGUGAUGAGUACCGUUAUCGCGGACGUGUCGUAUGUCGUCUUCACUCUAAAUCUCUCCCGGAAGCCGGGUUAUUUCCUAGUCAACAUGAUCAUUCCAAUCCUUAUUAUUGGACUCCUCAAUGGUUUGGUAUUUCUACUUCCGGCUGACUGUGGCGAACGUGUCGGUUACGCCAUUACGGCGUUCUUGACUUUCGCUGUGUUUCUGACGAUGGUGGCAGAAAACUUGCCCAAAGCCUCUGAACCAAUGUCGCUGCUCUGUUACUUCCUCACUCUGAUGUUAUUCGUCAGUUCCCUCAUUACAAUAGCAACGAUUCUGAUAUUAAGAGUUUACCAUCAGGACGAGGAGGCCACACCCCCAGAGGGAGUACGUCAUCUCGUUGCAUUCAUGACAUGCCGAAAAUGUAAAAAAUGGUGCAGCAAAAAGAAGGCGAGUAGGAACGCAGUGACAGACAUUAUCGAUAACGACGAUGAGGAUGACAACAGCGACGCCGAAGUUGACAGUAUCCAGGCGCCAGUAGAUGAUAGAGACAUUAGAGGAAUUACAUGGAGGAUGGUGGGCGGGGCUUUGGACGGAUUCUCUUUUAUAUUCUUUUUCUUCCUGUCGCUGGGUAUCACGGUUUUCUUCAUGUACCCGCUUGUUGUAGCCGGACUAGAGGGUUAG